ACUCAUCGGAGUAUUGGCGCUCUCGUUUUACAGUUCCUUGCUGUUGUUUGCAGUCAAUUGUCUAUCGGGGUAUGUCAAUCUGAAAAUUUGUCUACGAAUUUACGUGUCUAUCUAUUCCACUACAAUGUCUGUCGUUGUCAUUUUUAUUAAAUCGCGUCGGAAACGAGAUGUCUUUGUCUGAAAUUGCCCAGCCAACCUCCCUUCCCCCUGUGCGCGCUGGAAUGCUCGUGCGCAUGCGUAACGUGGUAGCGUCCAAAAUGGUGGGUUGUGGCAUUCCCUCGCGUCGGUCGUGUUAGCGUCUACUGGUGAAAGCGAAAGUAAUUACUGUUUCCCGGGGGGUAAACCGGUUUCAUGUACCUGGGUUAGCUUCGGUAGAUAGAGAAUAGUGGGUAAAGCUCAAGUGUUGAUACCUAGGGUCGGGGGACAGAGAACAGUGCCGGGUCAACACACAAACACUGCCCAAAGUCACGCAGUGGCAUUGAACAACAAUAACAAUUCAUCCGAAUGUGCAGUGAUUGGAGGGACAACAGAUUCAGUGACAAAUUAGUUGAAUUCGGAAGCUUUUAUUUUAAUUUUUAGUAAUAACUGUUCGGUGUUUGUACGCCAUAACCUAACCAAAAUAUAAACAAAGGACUUUAGAGACACUAGUGAAAGUUAGCAUAGUAAUUUUGGGAAAAUGUCUGGGAUUGUGCAAUAUGUGAUUGUUCGUGGAGAUCUGACGAAGACCAUGCAAUGGCCAGUGGGUGCAGUCAUAGCUCAAGCAUGUCAUGCCUGUACUGCUGUCACACAUUUGUUCUACAAUGAUGAACAUACUCAGGCUUAUUUGUCCGAUUUGGACAAUAUGCAUAAAGUCAUCUUGGAGGCCCCAGAUGAUAAAAGUCUUCACGAGCUACACUCAAAGCUGGAGGAAUCCAAAGUGGACCAUAAACUCUGGAUAGAACAGCCUGAGAACAUUCCCACGUGUGUAGUUGUUAAGCCCUACCCCAAGGAGUGCUGGAGGCUGUGGGUGAAUGUUCUCAAGAGUGUGUGUGCUGACGUCGAGGACCGUUAUGUAGCCGAAUGUGGAUCCACUCGAUUGCGUGAGGCAGCUACCCAGGUAGGAAAAAACGAAUGGGCCAACCUUGGUACAAGCACGGCCGCCGAGCUGCCGUAGCUCGGCACCCGGGCUCCAGCCAAACUCGCGCCGAACUUGGCUAGACCCUGGGAUGAUAACACGGGGCCAGGCCUGGGACCGAACUUUGGCCAGACUUCGGUCGCCGUACUUUGGCCGCACUCUGGGCUUACCAUUCGGCCCGAAAUUG